AUGAGAACUGGCUUCUUUGUCUCCUGCCGUCUGAACAAAGAGACCAAAGGACUAAAAGAAGUGGUUGGAAAGCUAGAGGGGCUGAUUGAGACCCCAAAGAAAGAUACUGCAGGAAAAAGCAUUCGAAAGAUUCUUGAAGAGGAAAUUGAAGAAUAUAAAAGCUCAACAAAGUUUCGCAAACACGAUGGAUACAGAUGUAUUCUGUUCCUAGAGAACCGAAGUAGUGAGUCGUCUUCAGCACUAUUUUCCAAGCUUCGGGAAUCAGAAACGAGAUUUGAAUAUGUACUCCCUAUAAGGCCUCUGGAAGAAUUCUUCCGGUUUGAUGAAGGGAAAGUUCUGGAAAGCAUUAGAGGGCUUGAUGAAAACAAGAGCUAUAAAAUCAUGUAUGAGGGAAGAAUGUGCCACCCAGAUACAAAGGAAAAGGUCUUCGACCUCAUAACAGGAAACCUUUCUCUAAAGGUCGAUCUCAAGACACCUCAUUAUAUCAUCGCAGUCCAGGCAUUCAAAAACAAUCUGGGAAUUUCUGUUAUAGAAAAUGAAAGAGAAAAUUUUAACUUUUCGGCUACAUGA